GAAAUCCUUGUGUACAGCAGCAUUACAGGUCUCAGGUCUCCAAACUUAGAGAGAACAUGUUGCUGCCUACUGCUGUCAUUAUUCUUGUCCUGCUUGCUCUGGUCUGCACAGCAUGGCUGAAAAAGGCCACCAAGGUGCAAUCCCUUCUGCCGCCUGGUCCUCCCCCACUUCCACUCAUAGGUAACAUUCACCAUAUGACUCCUGGAAAGUUCCUGGUCUCACUCCAAAAGUUUCAGGAAAAAUAUGGACCAGUGUUCACUAUAUAUAUUGGAUCAAAGCCAAUAGUGGUGCUUUGUGGAUAUGAUUUACUGAAAGAGACCCUGAUAGACCAGAGAGAUAUAUUCAGUGGGAGAGGGAAUAUGCCGGUGGCUGAAUAUGUGCUGAAAGGAUACGGUAUCCUUGUCAGCAAUGGGGAAUGCUGGAAGCAAAUGCGCCGUUUUGCACUUACCACCCUAAGGAAUUUUGGCAUGGGGAAGAGAAGCAUAGAAGAGAGAAUCCAGGAGGAGGCAAUGUGUCUUGUAGAGGAAUGUGGCAAAACUGAAGGGAAGCCGUUUGACCCCACGUUCCUCUUUAGCUGUGCUGUAUCCAACAUUAUCUGCUCUAUCGUGUUUGGGAAGCAUUUUGAGUACAAGGAUGAGCAGUUUUUGACUCUGCUGAGAAAUAUCUACAGGACCCUACGCUUCAUGAACUCUACAUGGGGUUUAAUUUUCUACUACUUCCAUGGGCUGCUGAUCAAUGUUCCUGGGCCCCACCAGCAAGGUGUGCAAUGUCUGACAGCUCUUAAAACAUUUGUCAAGGAGAGGGUGAAAAGCAGCUUGAAGACCCUGGAUGCCCUCUCUCCCCGGCACUUUAUUGACUGUUUUCUGAUUAAGAUGCAGCAGGAAAAGGAGAAUCCAGACACAGAGUUCCACAUGGAGAAUCUUGUGUCAUCUACAUUAAACUUGUUCACUGCUGGGACAGAGACUGUCAGCACCACUCUCCGAUAUGGCUGCCUUGUUCUACUUAAAUAUCCAGAUAUCCAAGGGAAGAUCCAGAAGGAGAUAGACCAGGUAAUAGGUGAUAAGUGUCCAUCAGCAGAAGACCGAUUCAAGAUGCCUUAUACUGAAGCUGUAAUCCAUGAGAUCCAGAGAUUCAGUGAUAUUGUCCCCACUGGGCUGCCCCACCGCACAACAGAGGAGACCUCGGUCCGAGGCUACGUUAUACCCAAGGACAUGGAGGUGCUCUCCUUGCUGACGACUGUACUGAAGGAUCCUAAAUACUUUCCCCAGCCGGAGAUGUUCUCCCCAGAACGGUUCUUGGAUGAUCAGGGGGUGCUAAAGAAGGGACUGGCUGUGCUGCCUUUCUCUGCAGGGAGGCGUCAGUGUCCAGGAGAAGGUCUGGCCCGCAUGGAGCUGUUUCUCUUUCUCACGAUUCUCCUUCAGAAGUUCACUCUGACCACACCGGUGUCUCCCAAGGAUUUGGACUUAACCCCGGAAACAAGCAGCGCUGGCCACUUUCCCCGAUCCUACAAGAUGUCUGCCAUACCGCGUCAUUAGCACUCUGCCACCUCCACACUUCAGCAUUUAUUUUAAUUUAUAACAAUAGUUUUAUAGCUUUUAUACUUUAGUUUCCAUUACCUUUAUAUGACUUGACUGAAAACAAUAAAAUAUUAAUUCUAUUUCUUA